AUCGAAUGGACUCAUUGCUUUACCUUCUGGUGUAUCCUCAACGGCCAUUAUUGACAACAAAGACCAUUGAGUUGGUGGGCUAUGAUAAACUUGGAGCUGGGCAGAAUGCAACUGUUGCUGUGAUGAGUUAUAGUGGCUACGACAUAGAAGACGCAAUAGUCAUGAACAAGGCAUCUUUGGAUCGUGGUUUUGGUCGUUGUAUUCAUAUGAAAAGGUAUUGCGCGGUGAAUCAAAAAUAUGAUAAUAACACACAAGACAGAAUACUGAGGCCCAAUAGAGAUGGUUUUGAUUCUGGACCGAUGCGGGUGCUGGAUGAUGAUGGGCUUGCUGCACCUGGGGAAAUUAUUAGACGAAAUGACAUCUUAAUAAAUAAACAGGUCCCUAUUGUCACAAGGGGGCAAUUUAAAUCAGCAUUAAAUGAUAGCGAGUUUAAGUCUGUUCCACAAAGAUAUGAUGGGCCUCAAGGGGAAUCAUGUGUGGUCGAUAAAGUGGCUCUUUGUUCUGAUAAACAUAAUAACUUAUGUUUCAAAUUCUUAAUUCGUCAUACUCGCAGACCAGAGGUUGGUGAUAAGUUUAGUAGCAGACAUGGACAGAAAGGUGUUUGUGGUACCAUUGUCCAGCAGGAAGAUUUCCCGUUUUCUGAGCGUGGCAUUUGCCCUGAUUUAAUUAUGAAUCCUCAUGGGUUUCCAAG